CGGCUGGGGCAGGAUGCUGCUGACCGUCUUCUGCCUGCGGCGGGACCGCUCCGAGGUGACCUUCUCGCUGCAGGUGGACGCCGACUUCGAGCUGCAGAACUUCCGCGCCCUGUGCGAGCUCGAGUCCGGCAUCCCCGCCGCGGAGAGCCAGCUGGUCUACGCGGAGGUGCCCCUGACGGACAACCGGCGCUCGCUGGCCUCCUACGGCCUGAAGGACGGCGACGUGGUGAUCCUGCAGCAGGUGGACAAUGGCGGGGCCGCCGCCCCCUUCCCGGGCCUGCCCAGGAUAGACUUCAGCAGCAUCACAGUGCCCGGGACGUCUGCCCAGGCAGCCCAGCUGCCCCCCCAGCAGCCUGCGCCGCCCCCCCGGGCCUCUCCUCCCGAAGGCCCCCCCAUCCCCCAGGGCUUGGACAAUCCCGCCCUGCUGCGGGACAUGCUGCUGGCCAACCCCCACGAGCUCUCCCUGCUGAAGGAACGCAACCCGCCCCUGGCAGAAGCCUUGCUGAGCGGAGACCUGGAGAAGUUCUCCCAGGUGUUGGUGGAGCAGCAGCAGGAUCGAGCCCGCCGGGAGCAGGAGAGGAUCCGUCUUUUCUCAGCCGACCCCUUUGACCUGGAGGCUCAGGCAAAGAUCGAGGAGGACAUUAGGCAGCAAAACAUUGAGGAGAACAUGACGAUUGCCAUGGAAGAGGCUCCUGAGAGCUUUGGGCAGGUGGUGAUGCUCUACAUCAACUGCAAGGUCAACGGCCACCCCGUGAAGGCCUUUGUGGACUCGGGGGCUCAGAUGACAAUCAUGAGCCAAGCGUGUGCCGAGAGGUGCAACAUCAUGCGGCUCGUGGACCGGCGGUGGGCAGGCAUUGCCAAAGGCGUGGGCACUCAGAAGAUCAUUGGCCGCGUGCACCUAGCCCAGGUACAGAUCGAAGGGGACUUCCUGCCGUGCUCCUUCUCCAUUCUAGAGGAGCAGCCCAUGGACAUGCUGCUGGGGCUGGAUAUGCUGAAGAGGCACCAGUGUUCCAUUGACCUCAAGAAGAACGUCUUGGUGAUCGGCACCACCGGUUCUCAGACAACCUUCCUGCCGGAGGGGGAGCUGCCCGAGUGUGCCAGGCUGGCGUAUGGGGCUGGCCGGGAGGAUGUGAGGCCGGAGGAGAUUGCGGACCAGGAGCUGGCAGAGGCCAUCCAGAAGUCCGUCCAGGAAGCAGAGAAUACUGACAAAGAAGCUACCUCACCAGAAAUGUCUUUGCUACCAAGUUCUGACGGAUUCAAAUGUCCAGUCCGCUUUCCGGAAACAGGUGUGGAGAUCAGCAAGUCCUUCAGCCGGCCACUCGAUCGCUCGGUCUCUGCUCCGACCCUCGGCUCUCCCAAGCGCAGUCUGGCUGAGGCGGUUUGCCCUCGAGCUGCCAAGUCUGUGGGGUCCCUUCCUGGAUGGCCGGCCACACCCGGGAGGGAAGACCUGCCUCUGCCCUUGCUGGAUCUUUCUGACCGCGAUGCUUCUCUCGCUGGAACAGAACUGCCUGGUCGUCCAGAUAGUCCUUCCCUGAAGACGUGUGCAAAGCCCGCUGCUUCUGGCGAUCCCCAGCCCUCUGGGGCUAAAGGCGGCCGCGGCCCACGGCUUGAGUCCCCUUUGCAAGGAGCGGAAGGGAGGCGGCUGCCCGGGGCUGCUGCUGCUGCUGCUCUCUUGCCUCCCUUGCGUCUGGGACGGGGUCUGGCAGGCCCCAAGCUGCUGUCUGAGGAGCCUGGCCUGGAGCAGCCGCUGGACGAGCAACAGAAGGCGGCUGGAACCCCAGAGGAUUUGUCUGCCCCGGGCGCACCUCCACCCCCCACAAAAGGAGGGCUGGCCCCGGGCGGCAAGGUGAGGUUUUCCCCGGAGGGGGCUCCGAGAGCAGAGCCUGCAGCACACCUGCUUCCUGCUGGGAACGAAACCAUCAUGGAAGUGGAGGCCCCCGGCCAGGCCUUCAUGGCUGCAGGCGAGCGGCUGGAAGAGCAGAAUGUCACUUGCUCUGCUCUGAACAAUGCCGAGUGCUCCAUGAUGGAGGCAGAACCAUCCAAGUCCGACUCUUCUCUCUCUGUGGAGCCACUUUCUGCCAGUGGUUGGAAGCUGUCAGGAAGAACAGCGCUCGAAUCCGCCAACCCCUCUGCCGCGGGGGGCUUCUCCGGCUCUCCUCCUCCUGCUGAAGGGCAGCUGAGCCGUCCGGGGGGAGACUCGGGCUGCCCGUCUCUGGCCUCUGCCUUGAAGGAGCUCCAUCAGCUUCUUGUGGCCAGCUACCAGGAGGCUGCGGGGGAUGAGGAGAGCCUGGCUCAGCUGGGGACCCUUCCUGGUGAGGAAACGACAGGCGGGGAGAUCUUUGGAGGGAAGCAGCAUGAAUGCCCGGGCGGGAGCCUCUCCUCUUCCUCCUCCUUUCCUGCAGGUGUCCCCGAGGAGGCCUCAGUGGGGGUCCCGCCACUGGCUGGGGCCGGAGCAGAGGACGGGCAGGACGCACUAGAAUUGGAGCACAAAGGAGCUCGAAUAACAGAAGCACCUCUGGGUUUGGAGAGCUCGGUUCCAAGACCUUCCACGGCUUCCUGUGACUCUCCCGCAGGUGCUGAGUGCUCUGGAGCGUUCCCUCUGAGUUUCUCCUCUGGCCAAACUGCAGGCAACGAAGCUUGGGGGCAGAACCCGCCUCCCUCUCGUCUGGACCUCGGUGAAUCUCUGCGUGUUUUGCAUUUCCCUCCGGGAGAACCUGGAACGCCCGUCUCCUCCACAGGCGCCCAGCACAGCUGCUCUCCAGAGAUUGAUUCUGCCGCUCCUCAGCCUCCAUUGGUGGACCCGGAUGAGCUUGUGAGGGCGGGCUUCACACCCCAGGAAGCCAGCGAGGCUCUGGCACGCGCUGGUGGGAAUGUGGAUCUUGCCCUCCUCCUCCUGCUAGCCCAGAAGAUUGUGGUUCCCACAUAACCCUCGGAGGAGGGCCCGGCUUCUGCUGGCGACUUCGGAAUGGCAUCGCAUAGCCUGCUUUCAUGAUUGAGCCAGACGUUUCAAAAACAAAACCCUUUAUCUGCAGCCAAAGUAUCUUCUGUCUGUCUGUCUGUCUUUCCUCCCUCCUUGUUCAGUUCGGGCUUUUUAAAAAUCAAAUCUUGUAUCACACGUCAACUUUUAAUUACUAUUAUUAAGAUGAUGCAUUAUGGAAUAAAGAUAAAUCUUUUAUUUAA